AUGUUGUCGAUAUGUAAUUCAGAUAAAAAACAACAACAUUCAAAAAAUGUAUUUCGGAUCAAACAAACAUCGAAAAAAACCAAUCAAAAACAUGUCAAAUUAGAAUCAAUAACUACGACAGUAAUUGUAAAUGAAAAAUUACUACCUGGUGACGCAUCAAUGCCUCUAACAGAAUCUUCAACAAUUCACCGUAAAAGUCGAAUGUCGUUUGAAUCUAUUCGUUUAUGGUUUCGUUUAUUUAUUGUAAAUGAUCUUGCUCCAAUUAUUUUUUUAUUUCUAUGGUUAGUAAUAAAUAUUGCUCUAUUUAUUGGACAAUUUUUAAAUUAUCAUCAAUCUCGUUCAUAUUUUUAUUUACGUUCAUUAAUAUCUGAUGGUUUAAGUAUUGCACGAGCAGCAGCAUUAUGUUUAAAUUUUAAUUGUCUUUUAAUUCUUUUACCUGUUUGUCGAAAUUUACUUUCAUUAAUACGUUAUAUUUUACCACAAUGUAUAACACAAUCACGUUUUCGUCGUUUUACAAAACGUCUGUUUGAUCAACAUAUUGGUUUUCAUCGUUGUAUUGGUUAUGCAAUUUGUUUUUGGUCAAUAUUACAUAUUGGAGCACAUAUUUAUAAUUAUGAACGUUUAAUUAAUAUUCAUAAUGAAUAUCAAACACUUUCAUCAGCACUUAAUUUACUUUAUCUUCAAUCAUCAGAUUCUCAAAUAAAUCCAUUUGAUAGAAUUAAUUCAAAUUCAUUAAGUAUAGGAUCAAUGUUACGUACAACAGCAGGAAUUACAGGAGUUAUUUUAUGUAUUUGUUUAAUGAUUAUAUUUAGUUCAUCGACAUCACUUAUACGUCGAUCAUUUUAUGAAAUAUUUUGGUUUGCUCAUCAAUUUUUUAUUAUAUUUUUUAUUUGUUUAAUUCUUCAUGGAUUUCAAGGUAUAAUUAAAUCACAAAUAAAUCUCGAUGAACAUAAUCCAGAAAUAUGUGCUUCGCUUUAUCGUGAAUGGGGUAUUAAUCAACAAUGUCUUAUUUAUCCUCGUUUUAGUAGUUCACAAGCAACAAGUUGGAUGUGGUUAUGUGCUCCACUUUGUCUUUAUAUUCUUGAACGUUUUCUUCGUUUUAUACGUAGUUUACAACAUGUUGAAGUAAUUGAUAUUAUUCGACAUGAAUCAAAUGUUAUUGAAAUACGUUUUCGUAAAAAUUUUAUGAGUACACCACAACCUGGUCAAUAUAUUUAUUUAAAAUGUUUUUCAAUUUCGAUAUUUGAAUGGCAUCCAUUUACAGUUACAUCAGCUGCUGAAGAAUCUUAUAUUAGUGUUCAUAUAAGAACCGUUGGAAAUUGGACAAAUGAUUUAUCAAAAAAAUUUCAAAUGUAUCCACAAGAUAUACCAAGAUUAGCAGUUGAUGGACCAUAUGGUAGCGCAGCUGAUGAUGUUUUUAAUUAUGAUGGUGUUAUACUUAUUGGUGCUGGGAUUGGAGUAACACCUUAUGCUGCUAUAUUAAAACAUAUACGCUCAUCUCAAUCGAAUCGUGCUCGUCUUCGUCGUGUUUAUUUUUAUUGGAUAUGUAAUACAACAUCUUGUUAUGAAUGGUUUGCUGAAAUGCUUCAAGAAAUUGAACGUGAUUUUCGAGAUCGAAUAAAUUUUUUAACUUAUAAUAUUUAUUUAACAAAAUGGUCAAUUGGACAAGCUCGAGCAGUUAUACGAAGUAAUACUGAUGAACGUGACAUAUGGACAGGUUUAGAAAGUAAAACACAUUAUGGACGACCUAAUUUUAAUGUUGAUUUUCAAGAUAUUAUUAAUGAAGAUUGGCAAAUGACACAAAAACGUCAUAUUGGUGUAUUUGUUUGUGGUCCAAAACCACUUGUUAAAGAACUUCAAUGUUUAUGUAUUAAAAUAAAUGAUUAUCAUUCAUCAACAAAUAGAGUUCAUUUUUAUUUAAAUAAAGAAAAUUUUUAA